CGUGCUCCGGACUGGCGCUAAAAGUUUUGAGCUCUUCAAAAGUCCAGAGCCACCAUCCUGGCCGCAGGUGGCCGCUGGUCUCCGGGGUCAUCUAGCGUCCGACCUCGGAGCGUGCAUCCCAGGACGGUGACACCCUCCCCUGAGCUUCGGCGGCCACACAACCUUCCAGGGAGCUACAAUGGAAGAAUCGCAGGCAGAACUCAAUGUGGAGCCCCCUCUGAGUCAGGAGACAUUUUCCGACUUGUGGAACCUACUUCCUGAAAAUAACCUUCUGUCCUCCGAGCUCUCUGCACCCGUGGAUGACCUGCUCCCGUACACAGAUGUUGCCACCUGGCUGGAUGAAUGUCCGAAUGAAGUGCCCCAAAUGCCAGAGCCUUCUGCCCCAGCUGCCCCGCCACCAGCCACCCCAGCACCAGCCACCUCCUGGCCCCUGUCAUCCUUUGUCCCCUCCCAGAAGACCUACCCUGGCAAUUACGGUUUCCGUCUAGGGUUCCUGCAUUCCGGAACAGCCAAGUCUGUGACCUGCACGUAUUCCCCUUCCCUUAACAAGCUGUUCUGUCAGCUGGCCAAGACCUGCCCAGUGCAGCUGUGGGUCGACUCGCCACCCCCGCCCGGCACCCGCGUCCGCGCCAUGGCCAUCUACAAGAAGUUGGAGCACAUGACGGAGGUUGUGAGGCGUUGUCCCCACCAUGAGCGCUCCUCUGACUAUAGCGAUGGUCUGGCCCCUCCUCAGCACCUUAUCCGGGUGGAAGGGAAUUUACGCGCAGAGUAUUUGGACGACCGGAACACCUUUAGACACAGUGUGGUGGUGCCCUAUGAGUCCCCCGAGAUCGACUCUGAGUGCACCACCAUCCAUUACAACUUCAUGUGUAACAGCUCCUGUAUGGGGGGCAUGAACCGGCGGCCCAUCCUCACCAUCAUCACACUGGAAGACUCUUGUGGUAACCUGCUGGGACGGAACAGCUUUGAGGUGCGAGUUUGUGCCUGUCCUGGGAGAGACCGCCGCACUGAGGAAGAAAAUUUUCGCAAGAAGGGGCAGUCUUGCCCCGAGCCACCCCCUGGGAGCACUAAGCGAGCACUGCCUACCAACACCAGCUCCUCUCCACAGCAAAAGAAGAAACGACUGGAUGAAGAGUAUUUCACUCUUCAGAUCCGUGGGCUUAAACGCUAUGAGAUGUUCCGAGAGCUGAAUGAUGCCUUGGAGCUGAAGGAUGCUCUGGAUGGAAGGGAACCAGGGGAAAGCAGGGCUCACUCUAGCCACCUGAAGUCUAAGAAGAGGCCUUCUCCCUCCUGCCAUAAAAAACCAAUGCUCAAGAGAGAGGGGCCUGACUCAGACUGAUGUCUUCUGCUUCCUGUCACCUGUUGACAUCCCCACCCAUAUCCCCUGCCCCUUCCCUGGCAUUUUUUGAGAUUCAGGUGCUUAGACCUCUGCUUGGUGCAGGUGCACCUUAGAAACCCCCUGGGAUUCUUCAUCUGCUCAGCCUGUGGCUCUGCCAAAGAGGCAGACCUGCGCUCAUGGUUUUUGGGGAUUUGGGGGGUGCUGGCGCUUUCCAGCUUAGCUUUCAAGGUUUUUACUGUGAGCAGUGUUCGGGAGAGGUCAGAAUGUGUUCCUGCAUGUGAGGAACAUCUUAUAACCAGCCAUACACUGGGUUGGAAAACUCAGUCCUCUGCCAUACUAGCCAGGGAAGCUAUCUUAAGUUGUUCGAUUUUCUCCUGACUUCAUUGUUCACAUCUAUAAAAAACUGAUAAUCAUACCUACCUCACGGGGGGUUUGUUGUGAGGGUUAAUGAAAUAAUGUAUGUCUGGCCCCAAAACCAUCAUUUGAUUACAUAAUGUCUGGGACUUAGUGCCUUUUGUGGGUGCUGGUUCUUUGUCCCCCUGGGUGGAUGAUUUGACAGUUUCUGACUGAAUGGCUGGUUAAAGGGAAGAAGUCUCCAAGUCCCUUCUCUCCUGGCCCUGCCAGAUCAUAACCCCUUGGUGAACCUCGUGCCGAAGGGGAAAGCUCACCUUAUCCUGGAUCCCAGUGGCUUCCACCCCUGCUGUAGCUGCCAGUACCUGUUUUAUUUCCCCCAAAUGCUUCCGCAGAUUUCUUCUGUACUCUGCAAGGCACAUCGCCAUGUGUCACCCACACCCCUCCUCUUCCCUUUUUAUAUCCCAUUUUUUAUAUCAAUUUCUUAUUUUACAAUAAAACUUUGCUACCA